UAGAAAAUAAAAUACAAAAAAAAAAGAACAACAACAACAAUGGCCACAACAGCGACGACGACACCCACACAGAAUAAAAAAGAGAUGAUUGUAUUUAUAAAUGAUGAUGAUGAUGAAAGACAACAAGAACAAUCUAGCCAUAAACUACGACAGCAAAAACAAAUAAAAACUGAAUCAAUCGAACAACAACAACAACAACAACAACAAAUGGAACAGAAGCCAAAGGCAAUAAUUGAUCACCAUCAUCAUUCUAAUGAUAUGGAUGAAAAUGAUGAAUUAAUAUCACAAGAUCAAUCGUUGACUGUAUCGAAACUAUCGUCUACUUCAAUGACAACCAAAACAACAAUAACAACAACAACAGCCACAACUUUGAAUUUUAAUCAUCAAAUGAAUUGUUGUCAUUAUAAUUUAUGUACGGAUGAUGAAUCAGCCACCACGAACAAUACCACCACCAUCACAACAAUGGCAAAUAUUGGCAUUAAUAAUAGUGGUGCUGAUGAACCAUUAACGCCAUCUGAUUAUUAUGAAUUUUAUCCAUUUUCCACUAAUAGUAAUGGUGAUGAUGAAAAUAAAAAACAAAAAUCAAAAAAAAUGAUUGAUCCAUCAUCAUCAAUUAUCAAUACAAUACGUCGUACAAGUGCAGAAUCGUAUAUUGGUUCAUAUCAAAAACGUUCAUUAUUAUCGGAACAUUUAUUUGUUGAACCAUUGAUUAUUGUCAAUGAUGCUAGCGAUAAUGGUGUUAAUAAUAAUGAUAAUGAUGAUGAACAAAUGAAUAACCCUUUGAAUGCUGCUACUACUACUACAACAACAACAACAACAAAAAAUGAACAACAACAACAAAAAUCUACAACAACAACAACAAAAAAACGACAUUCAAUAUCAGUUUCGAAUUUGCAAAUAUUUGCAAAUAGUCUAUUGACAGUGGCAUCAUUUGCUGAUGCUAAAAGUAGUCAAUUUAUUUCAUAUUUAAAAAAUGGUUGUCAAACAUCGAAUAUGACGACUGGCGCCAAAACAAACGAUAAUCAUGAUAAUGAUAGCGGCCAAACAAUAUCUGAACACAGUGGACGAUCAUCUAUAAAGAUGUAUAUAAAUCGAAAAAAACGUGAUAAUAAUAAUCAACAGAAAAAACCAACAACAAAAAAUGAUUCAGGUAAAACUUUGCCGCAACCAUCGAUGACGUUACAAAUGACAGAUGAUAAAUGUAAUACAAAUGACAACAAAAACAAUGGUCAACGAAAAUCAAGUAAAAAUAGAAAUUAUUUCAGUAAAUUUCAUUCAAAAUCUAAAACGACCAAAAUGACCACAACAACAACUAGUCCAUGCAGUAGCAAUGGUCAAAAUGAUGAAGAAAAUUUCAACGAAUCGAUACAGAAUAAUAAUGAUGAUGAAAAUUAUAAUUCAUCAAAUUCAAAUUCAAAUUCUAGUUUAGAUCAUCAUCAUAAUCAUCCCAAUAAUAAUAAUAAUAAUAACGAAGAACGUAAAGAUUCAAUUGUUAGUUCAUCAUCAUCAUCGAUAAUUAUGGAUUAUGGAUUUCAAGGUAAAAUAAUACGUGCCCAUUUACCAGAUGAUCAACGAACAAUUGUAUCGAUUACACCGGGACAAACUAUACGUGAUGUAUUGGAAAAAUCAAUGUAUCGUCGUAAAUUAACAUCCGAUAUUUGUACGGUAUAUCUUUGUGAUUCAAAUGAACCAAUCGAUUGGAAUACGGAUGUAUCAUUAUUGUAUCCUGGUGCUGAAAUACGUGUUAAAACCAAUGAACCAUUUCAAACAAUCCAAACACGUAUAUCACAUAAUUAUAUAAGAAAAACAUUUUUUACAUUGGAAUUUUGUGAAUGCUGUAAUCGUAUUCUAUUUCAUGGUUUUCGUUGUCAAACUUGCGGUAUUCGUUUUCAUACACGUUGUGCAUUACAAGUACCAAGUUUAUGUCAACCAUUACGCAUUGAUAAUUAUUAUCGUCAUUUAUUGGCAAUGAAUGCUAAUCAUCAAUAUCCAACUGGUGGUAAUAUGGUAACACGUGAUGGUAGUUUUUAUCAUUCAUCAUCGGUUAAUAAUCAUCAUCAUCUUCAUCAACAAAAAUGUAAAAAUACGUUUCAUCCAAAUCAAACUUCUUCAAUUAAACAACAACAACGACAACUGAAUAAAAUUGAAAUAAUAAAAACUGUUAACGAUGAUGAUGAUGACAAUGAUCAAUUAAUCAAUCAAUCAGAGGCUGUUAAUCAAUUAUCGCCAAAUUUUUUACGACCAGAUUUACAAACGCAACAACAACAACAACAGCAGCAAUCGCAACAACAACAUUCACGUGAACGUUCAACAUCAGCACCAAAUGUUUGUUUUAAUUCUACGGCCAUUAUAAUCGCUGAUAAUGAUGGUUCAAAACAUCCACCACCGCAACAAACAGCCAAAAUACAUUCAGCAACAACAUCGCCAACAAAUCCUAUUCAAACGAAUGAUUCAACAAAGAUAAUUACCACCACCACCACCGCCACCACCACCACUACUACCGGUUCUACAAUUAAUAAUAAUGGUAGACCACGUGCAAGAUCAGCUGAUGAAUCGGUGAAAAAGAUUAAAAUUAAUCAACAUAAUAAUCAUGGUUUAUAUCGUGAAUCGAUUGAAGAUUGGGAAAUACCACAGGAUGAAAUUCUGGUUGGACCACGUAUUGGUUCCGGUUCAUAUGGUACAGUGUAUCGUGGACAUUGGCAUGGACCAGUUGCAUUGAAAAAAUUGAAAGUUGCCGAACCUACGCAGACACAAUUGCAGGAAUUUAAAAAUGAAUUAACCGUAUUGCGUAAAACACGUCAUGUGAAUAUCAUUCUGUUUAUGGGUUGUGUAUCAAAACCACAUCUGACUAUAGUUACACAGUGGUGUGAAGGUUCUUCGUUGUAUAAACAUUUGCAUGUGAUUGAAACAAAUUUUGACAUUAUUCAAUUGAUUGAAAUUGCCAGGCAAACAGCACAAGGAAUGGAUUAUUUACACGCCAAACAUAUUAUUCAUCGUGAUCUUAAAUCGAAUAACAUUUUUCUACAUAAUGAUUUUACCGUAAAAAUUGGUGAUUUUGGCCUGGCUACUGUGAAAUCACAAUGGAAAGGUUCGCAAAAAUUUCAACAACCAACCGGUUCAGUAUUAUGGAUGGCACCGGAAAUCAUUCGAAUGAUCGAACCGAAUCCAUAUUCAUUUCAAAGUGAUGUUUAUUCUUAUGGUAUUGUUCUGUAUGAAUUAACAUCGGGUACAUUACCAUAUCGACAUAUAAACAAUAAGGAUCAAAUAUUAUUUAUGGUUGGACGUGGUUAUUUGAGACCAGAUCUAUCAUUAAUACGUGAUAACAUUCCAAAACGUUUCUCACGAUUAUUGAAUGAUUGUAUACAAUUUGAUCAUUGUAAACGGCCAUUAUUUCGACAGAUAUUAUCACGUAUUGAAAAUAUAAUGCAAUUAUUGCCAAAAUUUGAUCGUUCCCGUUCGGAACCAUCAAUACAUCAUCAUGAUAAUAAUUAUUCAUCAUUAUCAUCAUCGAUUGAUGAUCCAGAUUUAAUUAUUUUCAAUGAUUUUAUUGUGGCAACAACAACCACUACAACUUUGACGACUACAACGACAACUAAAACACGCACAAAACCAACAACAACAACAACAACAACUUGUUGUUCAUCCACAACAACGAAUAAUGAAUUACCAUUUUCAUUUUUUGUAACCGAAAACAUUUGACGAGAAAGAAAUUUA